AUGACAAUUGUGACCAAUAUGGCUGCCGAGCAAGGACAAGAAACAGUGACCCGUCAAGAUUACUUCUUUAAACUUCCAAAUGAGAUUCUUUCUAUGAUAUGUUUACAUCUAUCUUUGCGUGAUAUGGCCCGAUGUAUGCGACUGUGCAGAAGAUUUAAAACAAUUUUAUCAAGUCGAGAAUUCCGGAAGGAUUAUUUGAAGAGCAAGGUCAGCUUUGUUCAAGUCAAUAAAGAUGGCGCUCAACACAAGUUAACUAGAUUCAACUUAGAUAAAUUACUGAAUAAAUGGUAUUGUUAUUGGGACGAUUCAGAUGAAAUGCCUGGAGCAAAUGACCCAACUCGCUACAUAUUUAGACCCUUUCCCAAAAUGUGGUCAAAUGGUAUAGUGACACCAGCUAACUUUGAACCUUUUGCACAGGAUUGUGAUUAUAAUUCAUUUAACAGAGCAUUGUACUUGUUGUUAAAACUUCGUAGGAUGUGUAGGAAAUUCCAAGUUAGAACCAUGCCUAUUUGCAGUGAGAUGAACUCUGUUCCCGAUAUAUGUUUAUUUCCCUGGUCUCACGAUAACCUACCAACACCUCGGGAUGUUCUCGAAAUAUUUAAUGCACACGAAGUAUUGGCUGAAGAUAUAGAUGAUGUUCAUGUUGCAGAGGAGCUUGGCUAUAUGACAGGAUUUCGUCCCAGUUAUAUUGAAACUGAAGUUGAUUUUGAAUUUUAUACUCAGUCACUCAACAACACUUUCUCCAAGAUUAAGAAGAAAAAUCAAUAUGAAACACAACUGUUUCAGUGGCUACACAAGUUGUUUCAACCAUCGUUAAUGUUUUCUUGUGGUACACAUUCCAUUGAACCACAACUUUAUUUCCAUCUUACUGUCCUCUCACCAGGAUGGGUUGGUGGUAUUUUUACUAUUGUACGUCUUAAUAUGUAG